CAGCAGAUCACCGAUCACGGAAAGAACUGAAGAUGUCGGCUCGGUCAUGUGAUCAGCUGUGUCCAAUCACAGCUGAUCACAUGUACACUGAUCAUCAGGGCACUGAUGAUCAGUGUGCCCUGAUGAUCAGUGUAGCCCCAGCAGUGCCACCUGUCAGUGUCCAUCAGUGCCUUGUGUCAGUGCUCAUUAGUGCCUCGUGCCAGUGCCCAUCAGUGCCACAUCAAUGCCACAUAUCAGUGCCUACCAGUGCACAUCAAUGCCACAUAUCAGUGCCCAUCUGAGCUGCCUUUCAGUGUCACCCAUCAGUGCCAGUCCGUGCCACCUAUCAAUGCCAAUCAGUGCCGCCUAUCAGUGCAUCAGUGCCACCUAUCAGUGCCAGUCAGUGCCGCCUAUCAGUGCGCAUCAGUGCCGCCUAUCAGUGCCGCCUAUAAGUGCCAUAUAUCAGUGCCAUAUAUCAGUGCCAUGUAUCAGUGCUGCCUUUCAG